UCCAGCCUGACUAGGGUUUGGUGGGCACUGGGCAGCAUUACUCAGGCAAGCUCUCCUCACUCACGGCUCUGCUGCAUGCCCUCUCUUCCACACCACCACCCAUCAGUCUCGCCCAACUGCUUGCAGCCUCAUUGUCCGUGUUUCCUGCUAGACCACGCCUUGGCUAUUUUUCGCUGAUAACACCAACGCCAUGCUCGCUACCCCAGUCUUGCUCGUGUCAGGGGCGCUGGCUCUACACGCGAAGAUGCAUUGCCCGCUGACGACAUGUGCGCUGGUGCUAUGCGCGCGGGGCCAUGCGCGCUGGAGCCAGGCGGUUUAACGCCGUGGUCGCUAUCGCCAUACGCGCUGCCACAUUGCCUUCCUCAUGGCGGCAUGCAGAAUGGCGGAAUGCUUCUCCUCAAAUGCCGCUGUUUAAUCCCAGCGCGGGCGCCACGCUCCUCAAGUGCCGUUGCUUCCAUGACCCCUUCUCCUCCCCUUCCCUCCUCCUCCCUCCCCUUCUGUCCCCUUACCUCCCCCCUCCUCCCUCCCCCUCCCCCCCACCCCACCUUUCCCUCCCCUUCCCUCCCAUCUUUCAAGCUUCCCGUCAUCCGUUUCCCUGUCAUGAAGAACGAAUGAGUCGCAUUGGACUGGCAUGUGGCGGGCGGCAGCACGAUCAUCAGCGAAUUUGAGGGGCACGCGUGGACACGCGGGGGCACGAGUGGGCACCGUCGAUGCAUGGCGUCCGCUGCACUCCUGCGACUGCCGCGCGCGCCUUCGCUGGGGCUGUCGACGGCGUCGUUAUGGCCAUGUUGCUUCUCUCGCUAGGCCCGAGCCAGAGCCACUCCCCCAGCCAGCAGAUCCUCCCCCCCGCCGCCACCCUCACCACGGGGACCAAGCGCGAGACGGCAGGGAGGUCCACCGAGACGCCUCAGUGGAGAGGCAGAGGGAGGAGUGGGGUGGGAAGGAGGGGUGAGGUGUGGCUUUGUGUCGGUUCCAUGCUGCGCCAUGCCUCAGUGUGUGUGCAUGCGUGCGUGUAGGUGCGCUCGCUGUCGUUGGGUCACGGGAUGGAAGUUCGUGUUGGAGGGCUUAGUGCACGCAGUUCCAGAUGAAGUACCCAGUGCAGGCUGGCCUUCACAGCUUCCCAAUGCGAUGGUAAAGCUGAGUGUUAGGCUGGGUUGUUGAGCGAAGAUGUUUGGAACCAGAUCGUGCGGCUGCGAUGCCAUGCUGCCAUGGCUGCAUGGCUUCAUUGCAGCACAGCAGCACGGCAGCGCAGUCCGUCUCACAGGUCUGCCACGUUGACCAGCGUGGAUCAGAGCAGAUGGGCUUCCAUGCUGGUGCCAAAAAGGAGCUGUGCACAAGGGAGUUGCAGGCUGCUACAAGUUGAAGAGGUCCAUGAGCGUCGGUAGAGGCAGCACCAUGUCUUGACUCACCGUGACUCACGCAUUCGUGCCAAGUUACGUCAUUCCACCUGGCCCACCUAAGCACAGGGGAACCUCUCUUAAAGCCAUCGACUAAAAAGGCAAACCCAGGGCUCUCUUAAAACUAACUUUUUAUUUUGGGC